UUGUGCUACGAACAAAUCUUAUACAAAAGUGUUGUAAUAAAACAAGUGUUACAGCGUCAGUGAUAAUUUUCGUUUUGUUGGUGAGCGUUUACCAAGAGGAUAAUGUUAAGGAGAGUGACAAAGAUGGUGACAUAUAUAGUGAUGAGGCUGGUGAGCAGAGGAGACGACCACUUGUUUACCGUGGAGAAACAGGCCAGACAGGUGUGUCAGUAAAUAGGUGUCGCUCCCUCUUCACCAUCACUGGGGUGCCAGAUGAAGAAACACUUUUCGCUGCUCACCUGUCAGCGGCUGUCAAAGGGGUGAGACACCUGGUGCAGAAGAGGUCGUCGUCGUCAGGAGCUUCCACUGAGGAUUACCGCAGUCUGGCGGCGCUGCUUCCUACACUCUUAACCUUCCAACUCCACACUAACUAGAGUCAAGAGGAUGACCACAAGAAGGAAGGUCAAACACCCAUCCUCCGCCUCAACAGUAGGAUUGAUGCCAACGGCGGAGUGUUGCCCUACGUGCCCUGUGCCAUAGUGCCCUUUGACCACAUACCCUCCGUCACCGCCUGCUUCGCCCACAGACUCAAGAACAACAAUUCCUUUUGGAUCUCUUUUCUGGGCGACUCAAAAAUCAGGGCUUUAUUUUAUGAGUUUCUUCAGAGAACCGACAGUGAAUAUCGGUACCUGAUCCACCUUCUGAACACAACCAUGAGCUACGAGGAGAUGAGGAGGACCACCUUUAAGCUACACACCGACAUGGAGGCCGCCACACCUGUACACCCGCGCCUCCGUGUCUCCUUCAGUUUCAGGAUGUUCAUGGAACCAACGCCGUCUAAGAUUCAGGAGACUAAGGAACUGAGACAACUAAGUCGGUGGGCCAGGGGGGAGGACUCCCUCCCUCACAUCCUUAUAAUAGGCUACACCUCGUGGAUGAUGCAACUUAUGAUGAUGAGGAGGAGUUACACCUCCGACGUGCUGGAGGUCGUGAGAGAGAUGCAUCAACAGGUCGUCCCUCUCCUACACCAGAUCGCUGAGAGGACGCGGGUGCUGGUGGUGUCUCAGGGUCGCUAUAGGGAGCACAGUCGUACUGGAACAAUCUACAACAAGGCGUCAAUCUUAGGGGAUGCCACCUUCGACUGGAGCGAGAUGCUGUUCCAGUAUUAUCUCCGUCAGUAUAAAGACCACCAUCUUUCUCCUGCCACGCCCCACGUCUCCUACACCUUUCCAACACCCAUCACUGGGUCUCUAAAACAACACUCCCCCGACCCCCAGGGUCCCACGCCCAACACUGUGAGACCACAAACUACCAGGACCAGCAGAGACUAUUUGGUCCCUAGAGUGACAGGUGGUGGAGUGUGGUGGUGGGACACUGGUGUGCCGCUCAACCUGGCGGGGAUCAGUGAGUGUGAAGAACUGUACCGUCGAGGGCUGGUGGACAGCUCAGUGUACACCGGUGAACACCUCAGGUGUACAGACGUCCAUCACGUAGGAGAGGACGUGCUGUCUGACCAAAUCACCAUGCUAUUUAACCUUAUGUGUAACUCUAUCAUGCCAUCACAUACGAAUGUUUGUUGUCACUGAAGAGGUAUUCGAUCUUGGUCAUAGCCUCACGCUGCACUGCCUGCCUCCGUUAAUGACUCAAAUUGACGCAGAUAAUGAGUAACAAAUGUUAUCACUAUUCUAAAGCUAUUAAACUUUGGAAGAAACGACCUUUU